UUCCUUCUACUUAGGAACUGGAAGAUAUUUUGGACAGCUGCAAGGUGGAAUUAAAUCACGUGGAUGAGGAGUGGUGUAAUCCCAACAGUGGUGAUAUGCAAGACGCAAGCGAGGAAAACAAUCAAGUUGUCUGCUGGAAAAAGCUGCUUCCCAGGAUCGCUCUAACCAAGGUGCAAGUGUGAUCAAUCUGCAUGGAAAAGCUGUCUCUGAUAUAAGCUGAGCACAUGCAAGAGAGGAGCGAGAAUGCUUCACACCAGGGACUGCCCUGAGCCGAACAACGCAGCGGGCCGAGCUUCCUACGAGACGCCAGCGCUAGCAGACCUCCAGAGGCUCUUGUGGUUCAGAGGCGGGUCUGAUAAUCAUGUGGACCAAGUCUGGCCAAAUAUUUACCUGGGAGAUGCGUGGGCUGCUAGGAAUAAAACUACUCUUCAAAGCCUAAACAUUACUCAUAUCCUUAAUGCAGCAGAUGGGCCAUAUAGCAUCAAUACAGGAGCCAAAUAUUACAAUGACCUACAAAUAGAGUACUACGGAAUAGAAGCAUUUGAUGAUCCUUCCUUUGAUUUAAGUACCUUCUUCUAUGAUGCUGCCAAUUUCAUAGGCAAAGCCUUGAACACUUCAGGAGGUAAAGUGUUUGUUCAUUGUGCCAUGGGGAUAAGCCGCUCUGCAUCUUUAGUGCUUGCCUUUCUAAUGAUCCAUGAAAAUAUGACUCUUGUGGAUGCUCUGAAAACAGUGAGUUCUCACAGAGACAUCUGCCCAAAUUCAGGGUUCCUCAGCCAGCUCCGAGACUUGGACAUUAAAUUAAAUGAAGAGAGGAAAGGAACCAGGGAAUCUGCUAACAAGGCAACGUAAGAGAGUAUUGCCAAAGGAGAGAGGACAAAAUUUUAUCUGAAUUUCCUGUAUCUCUCUCAAAUGACUUACGUUUAUAACUAAGGAUGUAAGUUUAAAAUACACUAGACUACAUGUUACUACUAAAAGUACAUUUUACUUGAUAUUUUAUUUUGAAAAGCCAAUCUUGAUUAUACUUAUAAUUGGUUGUAUAUUGUAUCCUUCACUCUCCACCUUAAAACAUUGCUCUCUGCUGGUAAAAAAAAAAAAGAUAUCAGGUUCCACUUUAGAAAUAGCUGUGUUUCAGCAAUGAGUGAAGCUCCUAUCAGUUUAUGAAGUGUUAGGCUAUUUGGGGUGAAAGAUGUCAUAUUAUUUAUGCUACAAUAAUGCUUAGAAGUUCUCUUACGAAUCAGGGCCCCCCUUUGCUCUCCAUAUCUAAAAUGUUUUGUAUUUUGAGACCUGAAUCUGGCACUGGUUAGGUCUUGCUUUUACAAUUGGUGGAGCCCCUGAGCUGAGGGUAAGAGGCUGUUUAGAGGUAGAGCAGCUGGGAAAAAAAACACAAACCCCUCUUUUAAAAAUGAUUCUUGUUCUAAAUAUAGUAUUUUCCCUUUGACUGUUCAUCAGAUAUCAGAUAGGGUUUUUUUUUUCUUCCUCUCCAUUAAAAUACCUUUGUUUGAGAGGAUACUCGAUUAUUGGUCUUCUAUCCCUGUAACAAUCAUCCAGAAGAUGCAGAGGAAAAUACUUUCGAAGAGGAAGGUGGGUUCUCAGAUGAGGCUCUAAAAAUAGAUACAGGCAAUAGGAGUGAGUGCAGGAAAGCAUUUGACAACAAAAUUCAAGGGUUCCCAUAUCUGCCCAACAGUUUAGCAUUAUAAAACUUGUGAUUUUCUUUCUCAAAAAUAAAUGUCAUUAGCAACGCAA